AUGAGUUCUAAAGUGCCGAACAAUCAAAAAUAUAAAUCAUUAAAUCAGAGUGUUCAUGAUCAGACGGAUGAUUUGACAUCAGUUAGUAAUACCUUACUUCCAGAUGAAUCAAACCUAGAUUCAACCAACACCAACAAUUAUAAGCAUAACAAUAGAUCAAAUGAUAAUGAAAUUUUUAACCAAGAUAAUAAUAAUUAUAAUUCUGAAGAAUUUGAACUCGAGACUUUAAAUAAUUUAGAUUAUGAAAUAUCAAUAGAAGAAGAUGAUAUAACUACAACUGCAUCAAAUACACAAACUUCCUCUCAAGAUCAAGGUGGUUCAUCAAAUAUGAAAAUGGCAUUUAUGAAUAUGACAAAUUCAAUAUUAGGAGCAGGAAUAAUUGGACAACCAUUAGCUUUUAAAAAUUCAGGGUUAAUUGGUGGAAUCGUUGUAAUGAUUAUAUUAACUUAUUUAAUUGAUUGGACUUUAAUUCUUAUAGUUAAAAAUUCAAUAUUAACAAAUACAAAAUCUUAUCAAGAUACAGUUUAUAAGAGUUUUGGAAUGGGUGGUAAAAUUAUAUUAUUAUUUUCUAUAUGUUCUUUUGCAUAUGGUGGAUGUAUGGCAUUUUGUGUUAUUAUAGGAGAUACAAUUCCUCAUGUUAUAAGAAUUUUUUUACCAAAUAGUAUAGUUGAAAAUAAUCAAUGGAAUUGGAUUAUAUCUAGAAAUUUUAUUAUACUGAUUUUUACAAUAUGUAUAUCAUAUCCAUUAAGUUUAAAUCGUGAUAUUUCAAAAUUAGCAAAAGCUUCAGCAUUUGCAUUAUUAGGAAUGUUUAUUAUUGUAUUAUUAACUUUAAUUCGAGCACCAUUUGUAUCAUCUGAAUUAAGAGGUGAUAUUUCAAUAUCUGAUUUUUUAAUUAAUAAAAAUAUUUUUCAAGGUAUAUCAGUUAUAAGUUUUGCAUUAGUUUGUCAUCAUAAUACAAUGUUUAUUUAUCAAUCAAUAUCAAAUAAAAAUUUAAAAAAAUUUAAAAAAUUAACUCAUUUAUCAUGUAUUAUUUCAAUGAUUUUUUGUAUGAUUAUGGGAAUAAAUGGUUUUAUAAAUUUUAAAUCAAAUACAAAGGGAAAUAUUUUAAAUAAUUUUAAAAGUAAUGAUAAUUGGAUAAAUAUAGCAAGAUUUUGUUUUGGUUUAAAUAUGUUAACUACUUUUCCCUUGGAAAUAUUUGUAGUAAGAGAUGUAAUAAAGGAGAUUCUCCUAAGUAAAAAAGCAGCUACUCAAGGAUUAACAAGUUCAGAUUUUGAAUUAUCAAAAAUACAACAUUUUUUAAUAACUACUUUUUUAGUAUUUAGUUCAAUGUUAGUUAGUUUAUUUACUUGUAAUUUAGGUAUUAUAUUAGAAUUAAUUGGUGCAACAUCAGCAAGUCUUAUGGCAUAUAUUUUACCACCAUUAUGUUAUUUAAAAUUAAAUUAUAAAAAUUUAGGUGGAAAUUGGUCAAAAUUAGAUAAACAAGAAAAACGAAAUUUUUUAAUUUCAAAAUUUUUACCCUGUAUUAGUUGUGUUAUAUUUGGUUUUGCUAUUAUGUUUAUAAGUUCUGGAAUGACUAUUAUGGAUGCUAUAAAUAAUAAAGAUGAAAGUGAUCAUUGCGUUGUUGACUAG